CAACUUUCUCAUCCAUCCCUUCUCGAAUCAUUGUUCACUUCUCAUCUUCACGUCUCCUUGCAUCAUUCUCCUCACGAAGCUUACGAAGCUUACGAAGCCGACACCGCCGCCAUGAAAAUCAUCAACAAGAUCGCCCAAAAGAACGCCGAAGGGAAACCCUUCUACUCGUUCGAAUAUUUUCCCCCAAAGACCGCACAGGGUCUCUCCAACCUCUUUGACCGAAUCGGGAGGAUGCAAGUGCUCUCGCCAGCUUUUGUCACCUGCACCUGGGGCGCCGGCGGCUCUACGUUUGAAAAGACCACGGAAUUGAGCGCGGUGGCACAAACUGUUCACGGUCUUGAGACCUGCAUGCACUUGACAUGUACCAAUAUGGAUCGUGGCAAAGUCGAUGAUGCACUGGCGGAAGCCAAAAAGGCUGGUAUUCAGAACAUCUUGGCGCUCCGGGGCGAUCCACCGCGCGGCCAGGAAUACUGGACUCAGGUGGACGACACGUUCGUUCAUGCCAUUGAUCUUGUGCGCUACAUUCGGCAGCAGUACGGCGACUACUUUUGCAUCGGAGUUGCAGGUUACCCGGAAGGACACAUGGACAACACCAGCUUCAGCAGCGAAGAAGAGAUCAAGUUCUUAAAGGAGAAGAUCGACGCCGGCGCAGAUUUUGUUUUGACGCAGCUGUUCUACGAUGUUGACGGAUUCUUGGCCUGGGAGAAGCAGUGUCGUGCGCUUGGUAUCGUCUGUCCUAUCAUCCCAGGCGUGAUGCCUAUUCAGUCCUACAACGGCUUCCGGAGAAUCACCAAUCUCGCAAAGAUUCGUAUUCCCGAAGCUAUUGCGCAGGCAUUGGAGCCCAUCAAGAACGAUGACCAAAAGGUCAAAGACUACGGUGUGGAGCUUGCAGCAACGAUUAUCGAUCGUCUUUUAAGCGCAGGCAUCACCGGUUUCCACAUCUGCACCCUCAAUUUGGAGAAGUCCGUGCGUUUGAUCCUGGAGCGCGUUGGCUUUGUCUCUCCAUCGGUUACAGCCCGCAAGCAACAGCAACAACAUAUCAACAAUGAACCUACUCAUGUAAGUGUCGCUACAAAGACAUCAGGUGCUGCGGGACCCGAAAGCGGCGAAUCACACCUCGGCCCAUUGAUCUGGAAACCAAUAGACGACCUUUUGGGACGCUCGGAAUCUUGGGAUGACUUUCCCAAUGGUCGUUGGGGAGAUGCUCGCUCGCCUGCGUUCGGUGAUCUGGAUGGGUAUGGCGCGUCCCUGAAAGUCGAACCAAGAAAGGCGCUGGAGAUGUGGAGGAGACCCAAGAGCAAGGAGGACAUCAGUCAGCUCUUUGUCGAAUUUAUCCAGGGCAGGAUCCCUCUCUUGCCGUGGUCUGAGGGAUCUCCUCUUCCUGAGACCGAAGCAAUUCGGUCGAGGCUUGUGGCCUGCAAUGAGCGAGGACUCUGGACUGUGGGAUCUCAACCAGCGGUCAAUGGUAAGCCCAGUACGGAUCCUUUGGUAGGAUGGGGUCCCAAAGGAGGAUACGUAUACCAAAAGGCAUUCUUGGAGUUGUUUGUGGGACCGGACGAAGUCGCUGAAAUGGUGAAUAAGCUGAGGACCAGUUCGCCCUGGAUUACUUUUUUCGUGGCAAGUCGCGAUGGAGAUGUGGUUACCAACUCGACAGGAGAUGUUUUAGAGGAACAGCGGAAGAUUGCAGAGCUUAAGAAGAUUUGCGGCGAAAAGCUGAAUGAAAAGACAACCAGCACUGGCGUUGACACGUCUUCAUCCACUGCAGACUCGACCUCAACAGAGACACCUGUGUGUGCCACCUCGUUCGCAAACAAGACUGACGAUGCGUUAGUGGAGGGAUCGAACGCGGUGACAUGGGGCGUGUUCCCCGGCAAGGAGAUUGUUCAGCCAACGGUGAUCGAGAAGGUGUCGUUCCUGGCCUGGCGCGACGAGGCGUUUGAGAUUUGGCGAGAGUGGGAGCAUCUCUAUCCCAAGGGAUCCGACUCACAGAAGUUGCUGCACCAAAUCGGACACGACUACUGGCUGCUGAAUGUCGUGCACAACGACUUCAGAGACGAGAAUGGCAUCUGGGACAUUGUGCUAUCUUGAACCUGGAUCCACAUAGACAACACUAAUAAUAUCAGGCGGGGAUAUUGUACGAGAAGGAAAAUAAAGACAUGUUCUUAUCGGC